GUGUUGAUCGAAACUAUUGUCUCCUUCAGCUCCACACCCUGUCUUGAGCGAUAACUCAGACCCCGGCUCCAGGCGCAGAGGUCGCGGUGUUAACGUCAAUAAACAAUGGUCGCAUACUCCUGUAAAUCUGUGCAACAAUGUGAAUACCUGGAAUUGUAUUCAGGAACGUGAAUCAGAUGCUCAAUGAUUGGUAUGACAGAGAGAUUGAUGCUAUUAAUGAACCUUAUCGUCCGAUUCCUUCUGGGGUCAUAUCUGAGAAUGAGGUUAUUACUCAUAUAUGGGUACUGCUUUUGGGAGGACUUGGGUUAGCUGGUAUACUUGAUGUGUGGGCAGGGCAUACAUUUCCUAUCAUGUUUUAUCUUGCUUUGGGAGGGUCUUUUAUAUCUUACAUCUAUUCGGCUCCCCCUUUAAAGCUGAAACAGAAUGGAUGGAUUGGAAAUUUCGCACUAGGAGCAAGUUAUAUCAGUUUACCAUGGGAACUACAACGGCGCAAGAAAGUUAAAGCUCGCGAUGCUCUUAGAACAGAGCUCUUGAGCUUGGUGAAGAAGUUUAUUGGCAAAGUUGGAAAAGAUUGAGUUAUGUCUAUUGGCAAAGUUUGCGUACUACUGGUAUAUAAUUUUAGUUCCAGAGAAAUCAAUUUUAUUGUCGUAUAAAGUAUCGUAUCAAUUUUACUGAUACUGGAUUGCUUUCAGAUUCAAAAUGUUGUACCGAUCCAUUCGACAUAUUUGCAAACCCAAGUCCAAAUCAAAGUCUAUUUCCUAGAAAAAAUUAUGAUUGUUUUUAUUCAAAAAUCCUUUUUGCAGGCCCAAGAUAUUUGUUGUUCCUGAUAUUUUUUCACAGGAUUUUAAUUUGUACAGCUUUUUGCAGGCCCCUUUUUGCAAGCAUGAGUAGUCAAAGUCCUCUAAAAGUCGAACUUAGUAAACCAAUCAUAGCAACAUUAGUUUAUACUUAUGGAUCACCAUUGGGUGGAACUACCAUGAUUGGUGAUGACAAUAAGUUGAAGAAUUACAAAGAAAAUUGCCUGGGCCUCAAAUUUGAAACUAAUAAUGUUUGUAAUUACUCUUUCAAGAGUAUGAACCUUGAUGUGUAAUCAUUGCUGAAGGAGCAUUGAAAACACUGUAUGAAUUUCUUCAAUUGGAAGUUAUAUCUGUCAUUGUGUUAUAUCUGUUUAAUUGGAAGUUAAUGUCACAAAAAAGAUCGCAGAGAUCUCCGUCUAAAGCUCCAGAACAAUAGUACUCAAAUUAGAGAUCUGUUAAUAUGGUUAGCUAAUAAUAGCCUGCCUUAUCUCUUUCCUUUAUUUGAUUCCUUUCCCAUCUGAUAAUUUGAUUUUUCUUUUUUAGUUCUUCAUUUUUAAACCUUAGAUGAAUAUUAAUCAUCAAACUAUUACAAAAAUAACAUUAUUUAGGAGGUCGUGGUCCAGGUGUCAACACUAUGAUAAAGGCUCUAGAAUCGAUGCCUGAUCUCACUAGAGCACCAGCAGUUGGUAGUUUUUUUAAGGCUGUUUUUCUUUUCGGUAGAAUUUCUAA